GAAAAAAACAGUCAACCAGACUUUAACUUCCCUGCUGGUUUUGAAGAUAAUGUUUUAGGAGAUAAUCCGUCAUCAAGAACUGGAGUCCCAGGGCUAAUUACGAAUGAGCUUGCACAAAGCACUACUAGUCUUGGCAGUAGCAGUAGCAGUGGAGAUGCAGGAAGACAGCAUUACAGUGCAGGUGAAGUUUCAUUCCCAAGAAGUAUGAAAGUUCUAGAUUCUGAGAAGUCAGAGCACAGCUCUUCACAUAAUACUAGUUUAUCCAGCAUUUGCCAGAACUAUGCAAUGGAGGUAUUGAUGUCAAGCUGCUCUCAAUGUAGAGUUUGUGGUGCUUUGGUUUAUGAUGAAGAAAUUAUGGCUGGAUGGACAGCAGAUGAUUCAAACUUGAACACUACCUGCCCUUUCUGUAAAAGUACCUUCCUACCUUUACUUAAUGUUGAAUUUAAAGACCUACGUGGUUCUGCAAGCUUUUUCCUGAAGCAAAGUACCUCAGGAGAUAGUUUACAGAGUGGUACCCUUCCAUUAACCACGGAUCCCCUUGAGCAGAAAAUGUUGUCCAGUCCAGCUGUUGCUGACUUGAUCAGUUUUUCAGAUCACCCACAGUCCAGCCACACCAUAGCUGAAGAAACUAGCUCUGCAGCUGAGCAGAGUGAUGUGGCAGAAGAACAGAGUAAAGAUCUCAGAACCAUGAAGACAUCUGCCAGUAAUCCACCAAAAAGGGGAGUGUCCUUGACUCGGAGCCACAGUGUUGGAGGUCCACUGCAAAACAUUGAUCUUUCCCAGAGACCGUCUCAUGGCAUUUCAACAGCUAGUCUUCCAAAUAGUUUGCAAGAAGUUGUGGAUCCUUUAAUAAAAAGACCUAACCCUCUCCCUGUAUCUGUACCCUACUUGAGCCCUUUGGUACUGCGUAAGGAGCUUGAGUCACUGUUGGAAAAUGAGGGAGAGCAAGUAAUUCAUACGUCCAAAUUCAUCAAUCAACACCCCAUAAUUUUCUGGAACCUAGUUUGGUAUUUCCGACGGCUGGAUCUACCUAGCAACUUACCUGGACUCAUUCUAACAUCUGAACACUGUAAUGAUGGAGUGCAGCUUCCUUUGACAUCUCUUGCUCAAGAUAGCAAGCUAGUAUACAUCCAUCUUCUGUGGGAUAAUACCAACCUCCACCAAGAGCCAGGGGAUCCACUAUAUAUAUCUUGGAGAAAUCUCAAUUCUUCUGAAAAGAGAUCAUCCACAGUGGCAGAAGACCAGCAGGCAAUAAACACUUUGUUGGAGAACAUCAAACUAAGUAUUGAACACAAUAAUGUUGAUAAACCAAUCAACCUCCUUCUACAGCAAGUUAAGCCAGAUGUGAAACGACAGAGGAGUUUUUACAGAGAAAUUCUUUUCCUGUCUCUGGUGUCUCUUGGAAGAGAGAACAUUGACAUUGAGGUCUUUGAUAAUAAGUACAGAAUUGCACAUAAAAAUCUACCAAAGGAUGUUCUUGAAAAGAUGCAGAAAAUAGAUGCUCCACCAAGCAGCAGGGUUGAGUGUUGUAGGAAGUGCUUUGGAGCACCUUUAAUAUAAAAAUGAGGAAGACACACACUAAACUUCAGUGAGACAGAAGUAGAGGUGAACAAACCAGGAGCAUGGUGACAUAUACACUUUGAAUCCCAAAAGGUGAUAACUGAGCAAUUUGUCAAAGCAAUUUCAUUGCGCUACAACAUAU